AUGAAUUCUACUACAAACUUUACAGCAUCAAAUAUACUGAUCACUGACAAUACAAUCGAAGAAAUUAUUCAAAUUUUAGAAUUACAAGAUACUGAAGAAAAGGAGCAAAUAACUAAUGAUGUACUGAAAAAUGGUCGUCAAGCAUUAGUCAAAUAUGAACAUAUUCUCAUUCCAGAAAUUUAUUCAGCAGAAAUCAGCAAAUCUAUUGAUAAUCAAUCGGCUAUUGUACCAACAUUAAUUCAAGGAACUCGUUUGUCAGAGUUAAUAAAACAGCAUGUCUAUCAACGAUGGAAAACAGCUUGUUUGAAUGAACCAAAGAUUUGGAAAUUUAUCGCCAACAUGAAGGAUGGAAAUAGUGAGCAUUUUGAAUCUGUUCUACAACAUACAGCUGAUUAUGGUAGCACAUACACCAAAUCAUCUUCAAUUUUGGCCGUCGUUUUGCAAAUAUUAUUUCAUGGUAUUGAUGAUGAAUGUUUGACAAAGAAUCUGUGGAAUUCUGUAACAAACAAAGGAUUACGGGGAUGCACAGAUUUUACUCAAUACAUUUCUGAAGAUGAUUUAAGAGAACAAUUAGAUGAUUGUGACUCGCCAUUGUUUCUGGCAUUACGUAUGUAUUAUUACGAGCAAAUAUCUGAAUUAUUUAAACGACAUAAAAUACCGGAUACCAAAGUUCUUUAUAAGUUAUCGGCCGAUAAUUUUGCCAGAAUGGGUUGGUUAAACGGCAUUGAGUCAGUGAAACACAAGAUACCACCGGUCAAAUAUGAAGCGCUUUUGAAAGCAAUUGCAGCUAUGAUCGAUUCUUCUAUAGAAGUUCCAGAGUUACGAUCAACAUCGGCGCCAAUACCGACAUCAGCUUCCAAUUUACUCAUGUCAAAUCGCGAUAACACAUCAUUGUCAAAUACCAGACAUUCAGGUAAGUUUCAUCGAAUCUAACCACUGAGAAAGUAGCAUAUACAGAGCAUAGAGAUUCACUGAAGGCUAUAUAAGCUGCUAGUGAUCAGAGAGCGAAUCGAAUCCGACUCUACCGGUUCGAAUUCGAUGAUUCCAACCGAAUCGAACGAAAACGGUUCGGUUGAUUUUCGCUUCCUGAUAGAAAACCCUAACUGCUUACACUCAUUCUCUAUCCACACUUUCAUCCAUCUUAAAUUAAGUUUAACAGGGUGUACAUAAAAGGUUUUGAUCUUCUUCUGUUUCGUGAAAUUUUAGAGCCAGUAUGUUUCUAUACAUAGAGUUUCAAAAGCAAUAAAGACUGUCUUCCCUCUUCGUCUCUUUCCUACUUCCACUGCCUUUUUCUGUUUACAUCACUAGUUGGACUUAAGAGAAUAAUUAAAAAUGAAGUUGUGUAGAGUAAUUGAUAUGUUAACUUAUCAUCAUUUCGUAAAUGCAUAAAAAUGACUUUGCUAAAUCUGUAGGUUAUGUUCCAGAUUGCAUUCAUAAUCCAUUUUCUUGAAUGAUUGAGUCCAUAAAUCGCAAAAUCUCGGUUUAUUUUAGCUUUUAUUUAGAUUGAAGGAUAAAUGUUGUAUUGCUAUUACUGAAAACUGAACAUUUAAGGCUUUCCUUCCCCUCAAAAAUCGAUCUCAGCUCCGGCUAGUACGAAUCGCAUGAAAUUUUCAGAAUAUAUUGGGGCUAUAAUGAGAAGCUGUAGUAAAAGUUUCGACUCUAUCUCAUGACGUUUCACAGAGAUAUAUGCUAAACAAGGGUCAGAAAUAGCUGAUUUGACGACCCAAAGUUCUCAGUCCAGGUUCGUUUGAUAUAUCCGCCUGACCAAAAUAGUUGCACACAGUAUUUCCAACAUCUUAUUGGCAUAACUCAACAUUUUUUAGAAAGGAACUAUAUAUUUGGAUAGCGCGUGGAAUUCUCUACAACCCUAUAUAUGUACAUUUUGAAUUACAUGUGUUCGUAAAAGAUAAACUCAAGCACAGUAAAGGCACCCUCAUGGUUAGAUUCGAUGAAACUUACCUGAAUGUCUGGUAUUUGACAAUGAUGUGUUAUCGCGAUUUGACAUGAGUAAAUUGGAAGCUGAUGUCGGUAUUGGCGCC